UUGGCGGAACUGGCUGUUUGAUGUGAGGAUGUGUGUGUGCAGAAGUGUGUGUGUCGAUACACGUUAAUAAAGGAUUUAAUGACUUCAGUCUGCUGACGCCCUGAACACCACUGAAUGGGCCCUAACAUUCAAGUGCAUCAUGGGCUCCAGGAUAAAAGAAAACCCUGAAAAAACAUUCUACUGGUUCUUUCAAGCUUCAUGCCCAAUUGCCAGAGAUAAAGAUCCUGCCGUGCUGUUUCAGUUCCCUGAAGACUUUAAUGAUGAGGAGUCUCUGCAGUGCCUGCCUCGCUUCUGCUUCCCUUAUGACAUAGAGAGGGUGAAGGACACUGUUGCCGUGCAGCACUUCACAUUCGUCCUGACCGAUCUGGAAGGAUGCCAGCGCUUUGGUUUCUGCAGACUCACGUCCAGCUCUCAGACCUGCUUGUGCAUCCUCAGUUAUUUGCCCUGGUUUGAGGUCUUCUACAAACUUCUGAAUAACCUAGCCGACUACUCAACGAAAGGACAGACCAAGGAGAUGAAAGAGCUGCUCUCGGCCCUCUACAAACACCCCGUGCCUCUGGUCAAUGGCUCCAUCACGCUGCAGAUGGAAGGAAAGCUAAUGAUUGGAAGCCAUAUGUCUGGAAUCUGUGGACACGCCCCUAAAGGGGAGGAGUCGGAGGGGGUCCCGUACUUUAUCGCACCAGAUCCCAAAGCCCUGCCCUCUAUUCCAGAGAGUAGGAACCUGACGGAGCUGGUGGUGGCGGUGGAUGUGGGAAACCUGUUGCAGCUCUACGCCAGCAUGUUAUUUGAGAGACGGAUCCUCAUUUACUGCAGCAAACUCAGCACUCUGACGGCCUGCAUACACGCGUGUAAUGGGAUGCUGUACCCCAUGUACUGGCAGCACAUCUUCAUCCCAGUGCUGCCUCCUCAUCUGCUGGACUACUGCUGUGCUCCGAUGCCGUACCUCAUUGGAAUUCACUCUAGCCUGGCAGAGAGAGUGAGGAGUCGAGCUCUGGAGGACGUGGUCAUACUGAACGUGGACACCAACACCCUGGAGUCGCCCCACGAGGACCUGAAAAAGAUCCCGGCUGAUGUGGUUGCGGGACUGAAGGUCAGGCUGAAGAGACAGGCGGCAUCUCCCGGGUCAGGGGUCGCACACGCUUUCCUCCGAGCCCAGGCUCUGCUGUUCGGAGGAUACAGAGAUGCCUUACAGUCGCCUGCUGAAGGGCCGGUGGUCUUCUGCAAUGAGCUGUUUCUCAGUCACAAGUCUCAAAGCAUGCGGGAGUUUCUGGAGAGCGCGGUUCACCUGCAGUGUUUCAAAGAGUUUAUUGAUGGCCGGCUGAAAAUGCUUGACCAGGGCAAAGAGCUGGAUGACGUGUUUGAGGAAGAGGUGCUUCAGUGUGGUGCUUCAUCUGGUGGCUCUAAACUGCGACGGCAGUGGGUGGGAAAUUUAAAGAAAGGGGGUGGAGCUCUGAUUGUGACAUGGAAGACUACAGCGAGCAAAGCAACCAAAUACCACAGAUUGGGGCUGAAAAACCUCCUCUCAUCAAAGGACCAAAGUGAAGCUCAUAUGCUACAGAGGGGCGGGUCUGUGUGUGAACCGCACACAUAUCGCCUCAUCCAAUCAGACUGCCUUCAGAAUCGUCUACCAAUCACACAGCACUUUGGCAGGUCUCGACCACGCCGGCCGACACGCAAGCAUCCCAGCCACCAGGGCAAUGAACAACAGACAGAGGAUGACAACACCAGCUAUGAGGACAGUGUAACAGAAAGUCCUGAGCAGUGCUCUGGCACCAGCGACUUACAGGAAGAGGAUGAUCUCUCUCUCUUGGCUGACCCAGAGGAGAUGGACCUGCUCGGUGAGAUCUUCGACACACUGAGUUCCCAGAGCUCCAGAGAGCCAGGUUUACUGUACGGCACACGCAGCCUCGACCUCUUCAGCUCUGACAGCAGUGACUUCAUCUCACAUAAGAGUCUGGCCAAUCCAAGUCAGGAGAGUCUAAGUCUCUCAUUUGGAAACAGCGAAAGUCUCGUGAGCUGGGAGGAGGAGCUCGAGGAGGGGCCUGCUGGGGAGGGGGAGGAGCCUGAUGUCCUGAUUGACAGGCCAGGAAAUGAGAUUAGAGAAUUAGAGAAGGACUUGACCGAGUUAGGGGAAAAUCUGUGUUCAGAUCUACAAAUUCUAGAAGAAGCUUCUCUGGAUCCCGAAGUGGGUUCUCAGGAGCAGCGAAAGGACAGCUGGCCAAAAAAUUAUGGACAAAUGAAUGGAUCAAUGGAGGAAAGCUUGGAAACCGAGACAGUAGUUACAGAGAGGACAGCGAUGCAACCUGACAAAGAACUUCAGAAAGAGCUUAAGACGACAAAUGCUUUUGGCCCAAAUGGACCAACAAAUGAAGGAAAUACCUCAGCAGUUUCUCACAAUGUAAAGAUAGACAAAAAAGAAGAGCUAGAUAAGAAGAGCACUGAACCUCUAUCACCAAACAUUUCGUCUACCGUAGCUCUGUUCCAGUCCUCGGCUGACUCUUCUGGUUCCCGAGGGUGGGAUAAAUCUCUAAAAGCUCCCAUCAGGUCCCACAAAAUCAAUGUGGGAUCAAUGACGGGCCUGAAGACUGAAGUACAAUGUCUGAAAUCGCCUGUUUCAUCAACACCAGAAGAACAAACCCAGGCUCCCAUUAAGGUCUCAGAGCUGAAGAAGAGAUUUGAACAUUAGAUCACCACGAAUCAAGCAUACUGAAGCGAAAACUAUACUGAAAAGACUUUUUAAGAUUGUCAAUUACAAGUCUAAUGAAACAACACUUGAACCCCAUUUUGAUUCUGGUGAGGCAACAUUUCCGAGUCAAGUUCGAUAGGCGUUUCAUACUGAACUUUGAGAUUGUGGAAGUUUAUUUGUCUCAUGUACCUGUUGGUUAAAACUUAAUGCUGACAUCAGUUAAUAAAGUCAAUUUAAACGCAAUGCAAGAUUUUCCACUUGCAUUAAAGUAAAUCAGGUUGAUUUUACCUUUCAUUGUAGCUAAAUGCAGUAUGUUAUUAAAAUAAACUGAUAAAUGCACCAAUUCUGACCAAUAAAGAAAGUCCGGUACUUUUUUUA